CACCCCGCCCUGCAGAAAGACUGGUUCGCCAAGAGGAAGAAGUUCAAGCGACCCCCCCAGCGGCUUUUCGACGCCGAGAAGAUCCGGUCCCUUGGAGGCGACGUGGCGUCCGACGGGGACUUUCUCAUCUUCGAAGGCAACCGCUACAGCCGCAAGGGAUUCCUCUUCAAGAGCUUCGCCAUGUCGGCCGUGAUAACGGAGGGCGUGAAGCCCACGCUGUCGGAGCUGGAGAAGUUCGAGGACCAGCCCGAAGGCAUCGACCUGGAGGUGGUGACAGAGAGCACGGGGAAGGAACGAGAGCACAACUUCCAGCCCGGCGACAACGUGGAGGUGUGCGAGGGCGAGCUGAUCAACCUGCAGGGCAAAAUCCUCAGCGUCGACGGCAACAAGAUCACCAUCAUGCCCAAACACGAGGAUUUGAAGGACAUGCUGGAGUUCCCGGCUCAGGAGCUGCGGAAGUAUUUCAAGAUGGGUGACCACGUCAAGGUGAUCGCGGGGCGUUUCGAGGGUGACACGGGACUGAUCGUGAGGGUGGAGGAAAACUUCGUCAUCCUCUUCUCCGACCUCACCAUGCAUGAGCUCAAGGUUCUGCCGCGGGACCUGCAGCUCUGCUCGGAGACGGCGUCUGGCGUGGACGUGGGGGGGCAGCACGAGUGGGGCGAGCUGGUGCAGCUGGACCCCCAAACCGUGGGCGUCAUCGUCCGUCUGGAGCGGGAGACCUUCCAGGUGCUGAACAUGUAUGGGAAGGUGGUGACGGUGCGGCACCAGGCCGUCACCAGGAAGAAGGACAACCGCUUCGCCGUCGCCCUCGACUCGGAGCAGAACAACAUCCACGUCAAGGACAUCGUCAAAGUCAUAGACGGGCCUCACUCGGUGGGGGCUUACGGGGGUUUGGAGGGGGGAUCCUGGGGGUGCGACGGGCCCCCUCCUGGUGCUUCGGGGGGGACCCCAGGGGUGCUCUGGGUCCUUGCUGGUCCCGUGCUGGGUCUGUCACUGCCUCAGGGACCGUCACGGGGGCGAGCUGGGUCCCUCCGG